GUGAAAGAUCUGGUAGAAUCAACGGAACGGCUCCCGACAAAGCAUAUCAUGGAAGUCAAUUGACCACAGAAGAUUUAGAGUAUCUAACGACUAUCUACGGCUAGAUGUAACUUUACACCAUGCCUACUCAAACUCCUACGCUUCUCAAUUCAUGAUACAAAACGCCCUCUUCUCUCGACCUUGUAUCCCGAGUAGUUAUGCGGAGCCAAUGGGGAUCGGACGCAAUGAGAAGACCCGCGCUGCACGCUAAUGAGAAGUGCUCCUCUUCCCCCAGAGAUGGCUGAGAAAAGCUUCACCACACGUGAUGACUGCUUCGGUGUUACCGGAAAAGUAACGGAUUUGGCUCGGGCAUCUCAAGAAGUUCAUAACUCGGGGUCUUGCACGAGGCUGUCUGUCAUACGCGAGUCAGCUAGUCUAAGGCAGCUUGAUACUGGUGUCAUGAGAGAAUGCUUUCAGUAAGUACGAUAGCUAGCUGCAAGGCUGAUGACAGCAUGGAGACAGCCUAGACAGCUUAUGAGAGAGAGUCAAUGUUCGAUGGCUUUACAUUUCACCAGUUAACAGUCCCAUUCUUUCAAACAGGGGCAUAGUAUAUUCAUAGAUAAAAUUUUCUUCUCAGUUCUUGUCCGUUUUCGUUGGCUAUCUCCAUGGCGAUAACCGCCUUCUAAUAUAUCUAGUGGUGACGGACAGUGAUCUAAUUCAUGAUGUUUCAUGGCCUGUGCGUAUUCUAUUAGAAACACCGAGAACUAGCUUCAUCUUAGCAGAACCCUGGAUUGGGAUGUUUUUUCGUAAUUACACAAUUCCCACUACUAAUCGGUAGUGAAUAACGAUAGUCUGGUGUAUCGAGGAUAUUCAAGUACCUUCAACGCAGGAGGAAAAGUGAUUUAGUUGACACUGAAUUGAGCUAUACCUGAUCUUGGCUGAUCAUUGAGUUGGGGUCGGUCCUGAAAUUAUCCCGUAGACCCUCGCCCAUUAAAUCAGAUCAAGCCAGACGUCAUUCGCGCAUGCAGCCUUCAUAACCCACAUCAGUAAUCGCCCGACUCGGCCAACGACAUUUCUUCUAUUACGUUCCCGUAACCGUCAUUUCACAUCGGAAAGCAAAUAGACAACUCGAUAGUCUCGCACUCCCCAUCAUCCGCAAUCUGCCUGUCGCAUUGUUCGCCACAACCGUGCCGCUCGCGUUGCGCCCACUAGCCGCCGGCGAUUUCGAGAGCUCGACAACUCAUACGCAGGACAAAGCCUCAUCGUAUCGAUAUUCAGCCACCGGGUAGCUCGCAAUUCUCCGCAUUGUCGCUCCCUUUGAGGGGCGGCGUGGUCCAAGAUGGCGAUAGAUGAGAACGACAUGUACCCGACCGAUGCCCUCGUUUCGAAGCAUGCGCGGAAACAUUAUCGUAUCCCCGUGCGCUCGCAACAUUGGCAGUUACGGUCUCUUGUUAGCGCCGAGAAGCAGGAUAUUGUCUAUUUUCCAGGUGGCAAUGGCAGUAACCAUGUCCAACGGCUGAACACGACAACCCGAGAAUGCGAAACCAUCAAACUCCUUACCUUUGCGCCUCGAUGCCUCGUCGCCGAGAAAGGAUGGCUAUGCUGUGGGAGUGAGAGUGGCGACUUCGUCGCAAUUCGACUCGACGAAGGAAACGAUGAUGGACAUGGAAUUCUAUCAGAACUCGAUCCAGACACUCGACUUAGCCUAGGACUCGACUCGUCCCGUGAUGAUCCUAUACUCUCUCUUCUGAACCGCGCGAGACGGAAUAACAAAACCCUGAUCGCGAAAAGCAUGAAGUUGGCCAAGGACCGGGUAAACUGCAUCACACUUUGGUUCCCGCCAACAAGGAUGCCAGCACAUGAUAAGGCGUAUAAAGAGCCUGUGGCGGUAUUGGCCAACAACGACCGUACUGUUACACUGGUGAGCCUUGACGAUUUUGACCAGAAAGAGAAGACAGAGGCAUUGGAUAUCAUCACUUACCCAGACUUCGUGAACCGCGCACUCAUCUCUCCAGAUGGCCGGCUUCUGAUCGCCAUUCUCGACGACCCAUAUCUGUAUGUCCAUGAGAGAGUUAGGAGCGUUGCAGAAUCUCCAGCGACGAGGUCAAGUGAAAGCCCUACAUACUCAUGGGAACAGACACAGAGAAUACUUCUCAAGAGCCAAAAGAAAGACGACAGAACAGAUAGUCGAGGAAGCUUUGCCGCCUGUUUUUCUGAAUCCGGAGCAUAUCUCGCUGUCGGGACCCAGCAUGGUACCAUCUCCAUCUUCAAUGCCGCACUUCUGGCAAAUCCUAAUGCCGACCCCCUUAUUACAACUUUCCCGUCUUCACGGCCACACAGUGGCCCCGGUGCUAUUCGAGAUAUGGCCUUCUGCCCCGGACCAUUCGGAAUGCUUGCGUGGACAGAGGACAGAGGCAAUGUUGGUAUUGCUGAUAUGAGGAGCAAUUUUUAUGUUCGUCAAAUUGUGAACAUCGAAGAACCGGUGUUCGAGCAUAUCAACAUUCCGGACCGAAACACCAUUGAUCCGCGACUUUUGGAUAGCCGCCGCGAGAGAAGAGAUGCUGCUCUCGGAUCAGGCGCUGCAGAGACCGGGAGACGCCGAGAUGUGAUCGACAGCCUAAAUACUCCUCUGACUGCCAACGAGACACUUGUACUCGAGGCUAUGCAGCUUGGCAGGCGUAGUCGUGAAAGAGCUGCUCAGAGAGUGGCGGCGGCUGCCGACGAGAGGGCUACAGGUGGUCCGACUAACUUCUGGGCGGCCAGGUCAGCCCGUCGACCUGUUGGCAGCGAUGACAAUGAGCGGCCUAUGGCUCGGAGGAGCAGUAGCAUCGGUCGUGCCAUGGGAGAGCUGCUGGGCAGCAAUUACAACAGACGUCCAGUGACAAGAACUCCACGUGAAGCCUCCGACACCCCGGAAAUUGGAAGAAGGCCAGAUCGGUUGAUGGAGAGUCUUGGUGAAACAGUGGCCAUGCUUCGAGAACAACGGCAGCGCCAAGAUUCAUCCUACCUCACUGUGCUUGAGAUUCUCCAGGCACGAGAGCGAGAUAACGACCGCGACCCCGACGAUACAACGAUCAUAGUGCCGCUUAUCAACCAGGUGGUGAAUCGAUGGGAGGAUGACCAUGGCGUCUUCGAAGUCCCGCCUUCGCCGGACAACACUGCCGGGUUGGCGUGGAGCGAAGAUGGUCGCACACUCUUUGUUGGUGCACAGAACGGUAUUUACGAGCUCCACGUGGACACUCAGAGCAGGAAGUUCUUCCCUAGCGUUUCGAUGAGGUAAAAGGCCAGAAUUCAACGAGAGGACGUGAACCUUUGUGCUGGCGCAGGUGGUUUUUAAUAGCAGCUUUGGGGUGAUAUCUUUAUUUACCAAAAGUGAUGACCAGUGACGACGGUUCAGUAUUAGCAUGGGCACAGGAUACCUUGAGUACAUUCCUACCUCUUCUUGACAUGGCGUUUGCGAUGUUUUAUCUCAGUCACAUUACAUUACCUUUCGAUUCUUACAUGCUCACUUAUAGCUUAGCUGUUAUCGAUGAUAGCUUGAAUAUUGAAAAGUCAAAAUGUCUCUGCAGCAAUACGCGAGGUAUAGCUAAUAGAGUCUCAUAAUGAGAAUAACACAAUAUAAUGCUUAUUUUUCAGCAUAUCACAUAUAAGGCGUUAUACACUACGCAAAAAAAAAAAA